AUGCGCAAGCGCAAAUACUGGCAGCGUUUGAACUGUUACCGUGAGUUGAACUGGUUCAACCUGACGGAAGUGGGUGCUCUUUACAGGGCGGAAAAAGCGUUGUGGUGGCAUCGUGAUGAGGAGGACCCUGAGCUCCCAUGGGUUGAAAUGAUAUCUGAGGAGGCGGAAAGUGGCAGUGGUGGACAAUACAACAUGCUAGAAGUCCAAUCGUUGACUCUAGACCUGCCCCAGUCAGCACUAUAUCAAGAGUUCCUCGAGGUGCGGUUGGUGAAGAGGGUAGACAGGGGUUGGCUUAAAACGGAGGAGGAAGAUGAGAUCUUGGGGUUUGG